UAAAAAGCCCAUGGAAACGACUUGCCAGUCUCUUACACCAAGCGGCCUGGUCGAGCCUGAAGCUGCGAGCACGGUUUAGUUUUACAACCCGAAUGUGUUGGUGUCCUUAACGCACGAGGGAGCCAAUUCUUUGUUGGCAAGGUUGACUUUGGAAAGCUGCUGUGCAGGUUGACUCUGGUUAAGAAGGCAUACGGUGAAUUGGCUUUCAUCAAUCGUGGGACUGAGUUUAAGAGCCGAGAGAUGAUUCCAAUAUGGCAAAAUAAACCUUAUGGGUCUUCCCGCAGUGUUGUUCGAAUGAUUGGAUCAAACCUCCCACUGAGACCAUGUCCUAGGGUUUGUUUUCAGCUUGUUCCUGGGCUUACUGCAGCUGAGACUUUGAGUUCCAUCCACGGCAAUAAACCAGCCGUUCCGACCCUGGCAGACAUUGCAUGGAUAGCUGCAGAUGAAGGAGAAGCCUUUACAAGGAUGAGAGCUGAUGCUAGACCCUACAGGGAAGAAUGGCAUCCGACUCCACUGCUUAUAAUGCAUAGAAAUUCUUCAGUGCCUAACUUCCGAAGGGAAGGGAGGAAAUACGAAAGCCUGAAGAAGCCGGGUCUGACUGCACUGAAUCACACUGUGGCACUUCAGGAUGAACUUAGCCGCUUGCGAGAGCAGAUUGCUAAAAUCGUUGCUGUGCCAGAAAGUAAAAUGGAAACUGAAUCUGCUCCUUUUACACCAGAACUUGGUUCUCCUGACACGUCAAGCGUUGCCUGCUCUCUACCAGAUUUUGAGUCUGCAUAUCCUCCAUUAGCGUCGUUUACCUUAAACGAUGAUAUUCCAGAAAAUGAUCCAGCUGAAUCUUUGAGCAUUGCAUCAUUUUCCAUGGCUGCUUCAUCAAACUUUGACCUUGAUUUUGAAAGUAAAAGGCAGGAUAUAACUGCAAAUGAAGAUGAUGAAACCUCCUGUCUAUCAAAGUCCACAAGCUUUGCAGAUAUGAUGGAUAUUCUGAAAGAUAUGAACAGGGUUAAAUUAAACUCCUUACAAGGGUCCAGGAGAGGCUCUCAGCUUUUGAAAGAGAAUGACCCUUCGGUACUCAUAUCAGAGGCAUUGAAACGCAAGUUUACCGUACCAGACAGUAGUAUUUUUAUGAAGGAAGAUUGAUUUAUGCAAGUUCUUCAAACAUCAAGUAGUACCCACAACUCAAGUCUCAUAACAAGACCUGUUGAUAGAAAACUGCAGUUAUUUGGAAAGGACUGCUAUACUCCAGUAUGCCCUGUGGACCCUACUAUUAAUACAUAAAGGACCUGGAGCAGAACUGUGCCGAUCAGGACACUCAUGUUCUCUUUGCACUGCAAUAUUACAGGUUGUGGAAACAAGGUUAUAAACGGAGCAAGCUUGUAUUUGUGCCUUGACUGAUGGAAAUAGAGGAAUGUCUUCCUUACCUCAGUUUUUCUUUAGGGGGGUGGGGUGGGGUGGUAGACUAAGAUGGUAGAGGUGGAGAUAAAUUGGGCAUUUGAUUUAAGAAAUAAUUUUCCCUUAUCUAUUUUACAUUCUCUCAACCACCACACUGCACCCUCAGGGAACUGGGAUACCCAAGGAAAAUUCACUAGUUGAGGGGCUUUGUGGUUUCCUCAAUUUCUAAAUGACAACUUCUCUGUUUAACAUCCUUGAUUUUUGCAUCCAAAGCAGCCCUGCAGAUUUUCUCUUGUUUGUCACACCAAAGUGGAUGGCUUUUUGAAAUUUGAGAGAGUAGAUGAUUGCAGCACAAAGAAGAGACUUUGGGCCUAUUUUACCAUAUUUACUCAAAAUUGAUUUCCACUGCUUUUAAAAAGGAAUCUAAUAGCUUUGUGCAUUUCCAAGUGUUAUCCACUUACAUUAUUAAAACAGUUAUCUGUAAAGAAAAUAUUUAGAAAUAAAACCCAAGUAUGGUCGGGUUUGCUGAAUGUAUUUACAUGUACUGCCCCUUUAGCAACAUGGGGGUAAAGAUUUGAUAUGAGAAAUGAUCAUCAGAACAGUGAAUCACAUCACCGUCCUUCAAAUUCUUCUAGCUAAAUUUAAAAAGUAAGAUGAAAGGUCACUGGACUAUAUAUACACAGUCCAACAGGAAAUGAUUUACAUUAGAUGCAUUAGCAGCACGUUGUUGCUAGCCAGCGCUGUAAUUAGACACAUUGGACAUGAAAUGGGAAUUGAAUGGGCGCAAUAGAAUUGUGCUUGUGUUGCACUUCUAAUAUUCCCUUCUGCCGAUACUAGUGUAUUAUCAACAAAGAUGGAAAAGGCCCCAUGUUAGUGUAGAGGUUAGUGCGAUGCUGUUACAGCUUGGGGUGUCCUGGUGUUGGGAGUUCAAUUCCGCUGCUGUAUGUAAGGAGUUUGUGUCUUCUCACGUGAACUGAGGUUUUCUUUGGGUGCUUCAGUUUCUUCCUAUGGUUGACGGGUUAAUUGGGCAUUGUAAAUUGUUAUUUCAUAGGGUAGGAUUAAAUCAGGGGUUUGCUGGGCUGCAUGGCUCGAAGGGCCUAUUCUCAAUAAGUAAUAAGGUUGCUGGGUGGUGUGGCUCGUUGAGCCAGGAGGGACUGACUAUUCCUUGCUGUUCUCUAGAUAAAUAAGUAAAAUUAAUAUUUAUUUCUGGA